UAAAAAUUGAUUUAACAUUUCAUUCCAAAACAUCGAUUAAUGGUGGAAACUUGGCGCCGUUACCGCAUAUAAAGAUUACCUUGUUUGUUGCCAUUUGUAUUUAAAUGUAGUAAAUGAACAAGUGCUAACAUGAGUGGGAAAGCAAAUAAGAUAGUUUACCCUCCGGGGUGUAAAGAUAUUACUGAAGAGAUAGGAAAAGAGGAAUUGGUGCGAAGGCUGAAGUUGUUAGCUAGGGCUUUCCAGGAUAUGGGACAAGAUGAUAACGACCAGUAUUCUGGGCUUGCUGUAUACUUAGCUACAGAUUAUUUUCUGGACCACCAGAGUAAAGAUGUCAGAUUACUGGUUGCCUGUUGUAUUGCUGAUGUUUUUAGAAUAUUUGCACCUGAGGCUCCUUAUAAGGAUCUUAAACACUUGAAGGAUAUCUUUAUAUUCCUUGUUAAACAGUUGAGAGGUUUGGAAGACCCUGACUCACCAUCAUUCAAGAGAUAUUUUUACUUGUUAGAGAAUCUUGCAUGGGUCAAGUCCUUUAAUAUUUGUAUCGAACUGGAAGAGAACCAAGAAAUCUUCUGCAGUUUGUUCCAGCUCAUGUUUUCUAUUGUAAGUGAUAAGCACUCGAGCAAAGUUAAGAACUUUGUAUUGGAUAUGUUGACUCCACUUAUAACCGAGGCUGAUUCUGUUUCACAAGAACUGAUGGACAUUAUCUUGUUAAAUGUUGUAGAACCCUACAAGACACAGAAAAGAGUAGCAUAUGCACUUGCCAAGGAGCUACUAAUCAGAUCCAGUAAUGCUAUUGAACCAUAUAUACAAGCAUUUUUCAACAAUACUUUGAUGUUGGGCAAAAGUUCUGAAAGUGAACUAUCUCACAGACUUUAUGACCUAAUUUAUGAACUGAAUCAGAUUUCUCCAAAUGUUUUGCUGUCAGUUCUACCCCAGCUAGAGUUUAAACUGAAGAGUAAUGAAGAAAGUGAAAGAAAACAAGUAACAAAACUUUUAGCCAAGAUGUUUUCUGAUGAGGGAUCUAGUCUUGUAGAACAAAAUAGACCACUUUGGAUUUGUUUUCUGGGAAGAUUUAAUGACAUUAGUAUACCUGUUCGUCAGACCUGUGUCCAGUUCUCACAAUAUUUCCUUAUUAAUCACCCAGAAACUAAUAAAGAUAUUGUAGAACAACUGAAAUCAAGAAGCCAUGAUCCUGAGGAAACCAUUCGUAUGGAGGUUGUCAACACAGUUCUCAGCGUAGCAAAGAAAGAUUUCAGUAUAAUUAAUGAAGAAUUACUUGGCUUUAUAAAGGAGAGAACGCUAGAUAAGAAAUUCCAAGUCAGAAGAGAGGCAUUAAUGGGACUUGGACAACUAUACAAGAAAUACACGUUUGGUGAAAAAGUAGAGGAAUCGUACGUGGAGAAAGUAUCAUUUAUUAAAGACAAGAUAUUCCAUCAUUAUUAUCAACAAAGUAGUGAUGACAGACUUUUAGUAGAGAGAGUGUUUAACACCUGUUUAGUUCCCUAUAAUAUGCCAGAAGAAGACAGGAUGAGACAAUUCUUACUGUUAUAUUGUACCUUAGAUGAACAUGCAAUAAAAGCUUUCCAGGAAAUGUUUAAACACAGAAUAAGUGUUAGAGCUAUGAUUUUGCAGAUGGUGGAAGCAAUAGAACAACAAGCUUUGCUGAAUCCUAGGAUAGUUAGUUUGUCAAGAACUUUACCAGAAACUGGAAAGGCCAUAGAGCAUCUAAAGAAAUUUUGUCAGAUAAUCAAAGAUGACAAAAGACUUAGGAGCUACUUAAUCAAAUUACUUAGUCAAGAUUGUACAUGUAAAAAAGCACAAGAUUUAGUGAGAGAAAUUUUGAAGAAGUUGGGAGGUCCAUCACAGGGCACACAGAAUAUAUAUUACAACACUAUAAAAAGUCUGUUAGAGAGAGUGGCCCCUGUAAUGAUAGAUGUGUCAGCAGUAGACCAGCUUGUCUCCCAUGUAGACGAUUCUGUCCGAGGUCUAGGUAUAAUUACAGAGGGAAUAGAUGGUGCUGCUGAGAAAAGUGUUAAAUUAUUAAUGGUACUGUCGUGGACGUAUCCAUACUAUUUCAAGACAGAAGAGACAUAUGAACUACUAUUAACGUUUAUGAAACAUGAUGAUGAAAGUGUUGCUGACCUUACACUACAGAUAUUCAAUAACAUUGGGAAAAAUCUUCAAAAGGAUUAUCCAAAUAUAUAUUCGAGUUUAUUACCAGUUGUCUCCAGUGCAGCUAAGUUGGGUAAUCCUAAACAGUGCAAGCAUGCCAUUAGAUGUAUUAAUACUAUAUGUAAAAAUAAAGAAGCUAUUUAUGGACAAAUCUUUGAGCAUUAUAAGAAGUCACUAAAUCCAGAAUCAGCAAACUUCAUCACAGCUAUAGUAGGACUAGGACACAUAGCCAAGCUUUGUCCUGAAGAAUUUGCUCCUGAUAUAAAAACUAUAGUCUCUAAAGUUAUUGUCAAAGAUCUCCUAAUGCAAGACCAUACAUUUGGUCCAUCAACAACAGAAAGUUGGUAUUCUGAGCAUCAUGUUACAGAGGAAUCUAUGGCUAAGUUACAAUCAAUGAAGUUAUUAACUAGAUGGUUACAAGGUCUGAAGAGUAAUGCCAACAAUUCAGGGACGUCAACGCUACGGCUACUGUAUACUGUCAUAGCUCACGAAGGAGAUCUGAUGGAGAAAGGAAAUAUUAAUAAACCAGAAUUAGCUAGACUGAGAUUACAAGCUGGUUGUUGUAUGAUCAAAUUAGCAGAGGAAAAAUGUUUCUCUGAUAUCAUUACACAUGAACAGUUCCAAGCUCUGGCGUUAUUGAUGAAUGAUAGCUGUUACCAUGUACGUCACAUAUUCUCUCUAAAAUUACACAAAAGUUUACUCACACUUCGACUACCUCUACAGUAUAUGUCAAUAUUUUGUCUGGCGGCUAACGAUCCAAUGAGGGAACGGCGAACACAGAUCAAACAAUUCCUACAGAACAAUAUCACAAAGAGAAGGGAAUACAUUAAACAGAAUCCAUCCAUUCAAGGAAGAAUAUUCCAUUUCUUACCAGACUAUGUGAUGCCCUAUGCCAUACAUUUACUGGCACAUGACCCUGAACUAAAGGAACAUGAUGAUGUAGAACCUCUUAAAAAUAUUAAAGAAUGUCUGUGGUUUAAUAUGGAGCCUUUGAUCAGUAAGAGUGAGGACUAUAAUUACACAUUCUUCAGACGAAUGAUAGAGAAUAUUAAACAGACAAAAGAUGCUCAGGAUCCGGAUGAUGAAGAAACAAAUAUGAAACUAUAUGCUGUAUGUGAUGUGGCUUUGGGAUUACUGAAUAGUAAAAGUGGUAACAUUACUCUUAAAGAUGUCACUGUUGAACCAAGGUUAUCGGCUAAACACUUCACUAAACCAGACAAGAGUUACAGCAAUACACAGAAUUAUCUACCUAAAGACUUUUCAUUUGAAGGCCAUAAGAGGAAAGGCGUAAAUGCCUUGAUAGAUACAUCAGGAAAAGCUAACACAAGUAAGGGUCAGACAACAGAGAUAAUAGUGGAGAGUCCUGGACCAGUGGUCAAUCCACUUCCUAUAUCUCCCAGGGAACAAAGACAACCAAAAACAAAGAAAACUGAUGUUAGUUCUGAAACUGAAAGUUCACCGAAUUCUAGUGCUGAUUCUGUGAAGAAAAAUGAUUCAGGGAAAAAUGUGGACAAGAAAAAACCACAAAAACGAAAACUUAAUACUGACACUAAGGAUGAAAACAAAGAACCUAAAACAGCAAAAGUGCGUAACAAAAAACAAACAAAAACCUCAGGUAAAAAUGUGCCAAAAUCAAUGGACACUGAAGAAUCAGACGGUGAUGAAGAUGAUGAUAGUUCAGUGGCUAAUUCUGAGUCGCAGGAAUCACAGGAAAUUCCAUUAGGACCUAAAACAAAAAAGGCUAAAAAUGUUAGUGAUAAAAAUUCUAAGUCAAAUGUGAGGACUUCAAAAGUUGACACACUUCAGAAAUCUAAGUCAUUAAUGAAUGGUGCAAAAACAGAUUCCACAGUUAGAACUUCAGAUUCUCCAAAGCCAGGAAGUGCAAGGAAGCGAAAGACUGAAAGUGUUUCCAAAGAAAGUACACCUGUAAAAAAAUCAAAGUUAACUCCUGCCUUAAAGAAUCUCAGUCCGUCUGUGAGUGAAUCAUCUACACCAAGUUCACCAGGGAGGUCAUCAACAAAAUCAUCUGCAUCAUCUGUAAAAUCUUCAUCAAAAUCUACUCCAAAGAAAUCCCCGCAUAAUUUAAAAAAAACAACAAUAACUAGGAGUAAGUUAAACAGAUCUGAUGGAGAAUCCGACGAAUCACCUCCAGAGGACAAAACUAAAAAAAAUGUCAGAAAAACAGCAUCAAAACAGACAAGACUUGACCAGUUCAAUGUUAAAUCAGCUCCCAAAAAUGUGAGGAAAGGUAAAAAUUUGCCAAAUGGAGUGUCUGAUGGUGAUAGUCAGGAAACAUCAUCAGCUGCAUCAACACCUAAAUCAGGGACAUCAAUACGUAUCAAAACUAAAGUACAGACACCUGAUAGUACAAAAAAGAGAGGCAGACCAAAGAAGACAUGAAUACAAAUUGUGCAAUUUUAUUAAACCAGCAUACAAACAGAAAAAUGGCAGCUACUAUGAGUAUAAAACAGCUACCAUAGACAUUCAUUACUCAGUUUUAAAUGGCAUACCGUUUGGUUCAGUCAACAGAAAUGAUCAAACAAAGGGAUAUAUCAUUAAAAUGAGAUCAUAUUUUUGCAUCUUCAAGGGCAUUUUGGGGUCAAAUUUGUUCUGUUUGUAAAAGGUUUUGUAUCUUUCAAUCAUAAAUUUUGUUGUCUUCCUUUGUAAAGUUAAAUAUUUGUAGACAUUAGAUUAAAUAUAAAAAUAUAUUUACUCUUUGGUCGUAUUUCCAUAAAAAUAAUUGGACUAUUUUGAAACAAUAUUUAUAUUCAGGACCUUGGGCCUUCAUAUUUUACCCCCGUAAAUAAAUUACACGGACACACUAUUGUAACUGUGGCUGUUUGGCAAUGGUCAAAUAGUUAUGAAAUUUAAGCAUAAAAGAAACAAAUGCUUAGUUUCUCAGGUAUCUUUUGCUUCUGCUAUGAACCUACCUCAUGAACCAGUAAACAUUUCAAAAACAAAAUUAUUAGGUAAGUGUUCCCUCCAUUAUUGUAAAAAUUCUAAGCAUGCCCCAGAAGUGAUAGACAUGUUUAACCUUAUCAGAUGCAUAUUCAGGAUUUAAAAUAAGGGGCCCACUGGUGAGACAAGGCUCGUAACUAAGACUAUUUUUUAUACAGCCAAAUUAAUGAAUGAAUGAUUGGUUUUUCAAGGAGAAAUUUAAAGUUCUCAUUGAAUAAACUCCACAGAGAACAAUAUUAAUCCAAUGGGACAGUCCUCUUUGCAAAAAAAUUAAAUGGCCAGGUAAAAAACAUUCUGAGGAAAGGUUUUAUUUCCUCCACAAUAAAUUUAUCAGUGGUGAGCAAUGUAAUUUCAUACAUUGUACGAUGUUGCUUACAGUGAUGUUUAUCAAAUGUCUUCUCUGUAUUAAAUGGACAAGUAAUUUUAAUGUAAAUAAUUGAAUAAAAUGAAGCUAUUUAUUUAUUUUUGUAGAUCAAUAAGAUUAGAUCUUGAUUUCUUCUUGAAAAUAAGGAGAAUUUUUUAAUAUCAAGAAAUUAUUUUAAAACAAGUGUUGUAUUUUAAAGGUUAUGUUUUUAAAUUGCUUACUAUAAAUAAAGUGGGUAAUUUUCCCCGAGUUUUUUAUUGCUAGUUUUGCAUUUAAGAUAAAAUGAAAAUAUCCCCUAAAGAAAAACUGGCCCAACAAAUCAAUUAAUUUAAACUCUGUGUAAAUUAUUUACUUUAUGGUAUUAAGUAAAAGUUGAGAAGAUUUGAAUGAAGUUGACUGUAUAACAGAUUUUAUUGUUCAGUUUUUUUAUUGUAUUUGGUCAUUUUAAACUGUUUAACAGUGUGUAACUCCGUUGAAUGCUAAAGAUUCAAAAAUAUCUGAAAUCCCAAGCAUUUAAUAAUGUUCAUUUACAAGAUCAUAUUUAUUACAUUCAUUUCAGACAUCAACGUCCAUUUAAAACAUUUGUACUGUAAUCGUGUAUAUAAAAUUGUAAGAUAUUGUCCGACAAUGCUUUGUUUAUGCAUCAAUUGAUUUCGUUGUUCAUUGUUGACAUUACAAAAAUCAUUAUUUUGAUGUAGAAUAAAAUAUAAAAACGCUCCA